GCUCUGCAGAUACUUCCGAAGGAUGCCAACAAUUGGAAGUAUCCUUGAUCGUUUUAGUCCAGUUUUAACAUUUUAUUUUGGAUUGUUUUGUGACUUUGCAUUAAAAACCAGAUCAGAGUUUAUUCACUGUUUUUAUUAAACACAAAGAGGAAAAAGACAUGUUUUGGGCCUUCUUCAGUGUGAUACAGUAAACUACCAUGUUGAAUUGCAUUAUUUUGUGAUUCUGUCACAAUGCAAUGCAGGCUUUGCGAAAGGCAGUUAUUGAUGGAUAGAGCAGUUACUCUAUGUAUUGGUGUAAAUUAUAUUACACCUGGCAGUAAAUUUCAGCUGUCUGCAAAGCAUGGCAAAGUAGGGAUGCUCAGUUUGCCUGUAAUAUAAAGCUUAUAUUGCAGCCUUAAAGGCAAAAUAGCAAAAAUGAACAGCCUGUUUAAUUCUAAGAGUCAGAGAGAAUGGAUUUUGUCCACGUUUUGAUAAGUCAACUUUUUUUGUUUUGUUUAUUGCACUUGUAUUUAAAGCCAUAUUCAGAAUGUGUUGGCUAAUAUAAUGGCUGUGUAAUGUUCAGCUGCCCGGUUGGAAGUCGUAAACUUUGUCUUCGUGUUUCUGCAAAGAAACCUCACAGGCUCUUGAGGUGUCUCUUAUAAUUGCAUCUCUGGUUAGGAUCCAAAGACGUUUCCACAGUAAGGGGUAAAUCAGUGACGCCGCUGCACAGCACUGAAGCCAGGCCGAUGGAGAGUCACACUUUCACCUUCCUUCCCCACAGCCGCCAUAAUAACCUUCCCACAACUGCUACUCAGCCAUGAAAGAGCCAUUACGUUAAUUACUCCUCCUGCCACGCAGCAGAGUCGGAAAGAGAAAGGGCGUGAGCGUGUUUUACCUGGCCGGUGAAUUUCGGGGGGACCGUUUCGAAAACAGAGCAAGUUUUCAUUGGGUGCCGGAGGAAGACACAACUGAGAUUGGAAUGUUUGGAGAUGCCGUGGAUAUUGAUUAUGUCCGAUCUUGCUGCAGUCUAUCUUUCUCUUCCUUCUCUCGCAGAUCUCUUCAUCAGCCGGUGUUGGACCUGCAGGCUGCCAGCAGGAGGGGUGCAGGGAGGGGUGAUAGAUAAAUAAAUAACCCAAUAAAGGAUGCAUUGAGAGGGUGUGUGUGUAGCCAAGAGAAGAGGGUGCCUGCUCAAACAGUCCCGAGUCUUGUUGAAGGUUGGCUGCACUGCAGAGCAGGGGGAAAAUCACAGAGAAGGGACCUUGAAGGAUUUCGGGCUGCACUGCAGAACGAUGCCACUGCAGUACAGCACCGACACAGAGGCAUGAGGUCCACCAGCGGACCCCCAGCCUCCUCGCACCAGGGAUCUCCUGAAUUAAGUGUGGCUGGAAUAAAGAUGUAGUGUGAGCAGGAGGCUGAACAAGGACGGUGCUGUGCUCCACUGUGGUGGAGAGGAGCGGAGCAGACGCCUGGCAGACACACACUCGCACACACACCGGCUCAGAGAGACUGAGAGAGAAAGAGAGAGAGCCCACCGUCACAGCUGUGGGGCUGGGAAGCCAUUCAUCUCACUUCCUCUCACCUGCUGCCCUCCCUCUUCAGUCCUGGUGAUUCCCAGCCCCCCUUCAUUCCUCUCCCACCUCCUCCCUUUGUCAGUGUCCUGUCUCGCAUCCAAAGUCCUCAUUCUAUCUGGACCACACCUGAGAAUACAGACUAUCUCAGGGCAAGAAGCUUCGGCUGGUCACCCCCAUACCAACCUGCAAUGCACCUGUGAUCCUGUCUGCUUCUGUCAGGGCUGAGAAUGCAUGAUUACCCAUGAUCAUCCCCAGCAUUACUCACAAGAGAAACAGACCUGAAAACAACGUCCUGCAGCUUAUGGAAUAUAAUAGAUUUAUUGAAGGCAUAACUAAGGAUCUGAGAUAAUUGAGCUCACAUGGACUGAUCUCCACCUGGGCUGUGAAUAUUUCAUCAUGACAACAAUGCCCUCUCGCUUUGGCACUACGUUGCGGAUCUUCAUCACCACUCUAUUCGCGGCAGUGGUGCUUUUCGCUAUCCUACUGGCUUAUGUGACAGGUUACCAGUUCAUCCACACCGAGCAGCACCACCUGUCUUUUGGCUUGUACGGUGCCUUUCUGUCCCUCCACCUCCUCCUGCAAAGCCUCUUCGCCUACCUGGAGCACCGGCAAAUGCGUGGCCCCUCCAGACCCCAGCACCUGCGGCGCACUGUGGCCCUCUGCAUCGCAGCCUAUCAGGAGGAUCCGGACUACCUUCGCAAGUGUCUUCGGAGCAUUCGCCGCAUUUCUUUUCCCGGGCUUAAAGUAGUGCUGGUGGUGGAUGGGAAUAGGCAGGAGGAUGGCUACAUGAUGGACAUCUUCCAGGAAGUGAUGGGGGGAGUGGAGCAGACAGGCUGUGUGGUGUGGAAGGGGAAUUACCAUUGCGACGGGGAUGGGGGAGGAGGGAAAGGCGUGUUGCAUGCCGAGGAGGCUGCACGGGUGGCCAGGGUGGUGCGAAGCUGCCGUUAUUCCUGCAUCAUGCAAGAGUGGGGUGGCAAGAGGGAGGUCAUGUAUACAGCCUUCAAAGCACUGGGAGAUACUGUGGAUUACAUACAGGUAUGUGAUUCAGACACUGUACUUGAUCCAGCAUGCACCAUUGAGAUGCUGAAGGUUCUAGAGGAAGAUCCAGAAGUGGGUGGGGUUGGAGGAGAUGUUCAGAUUCUGAACAAGUACGACUCCUGGAUCUCCUUCCUGAGCAGUGUCCGUUACUGGAUGGCUUUCAACGUGGAGCGGGCCUGUCAGUCUUACUUCGGAUGUGUGCAGUGCAUCAGUGGACCUCUGGGAAUGUAUCGCAACUCUCUCCUCCAGCAGUUCCUGGAGCCCUGGUAUCACCAGACCUUCCUAGGAAGCAAGUGCAGCUUCGGAGAUGAUCGGCACCUCACCAACCGCGUCCUCAGCUUCGGCUACAAAACCAAGUUCACGGCACGCUCACAAUGCCAAACCGAGACCCCCACGCAAUAUCUGCGCUGGCUCAACCAGCAGACUCGCUGGAGCAAGUCUUACUUUCGAGAGUGGCUCUACAAUGCCCUUUGGUUCCACAAGCACAGCCUCUGGAUGACCUAUGAAUCUGUGGUCACCGGGUUCUUCCCCUUCUUUCUGGUGGCUACAGUCAUCCACCUUUUCUACCGAGGCCGGUUGUGGAACAUCUUGCUCUUCUUGCUAACAGUCCAGCUGGUGGGCAUAGUGAAAGCCACCUAUGCCUGCUUCCUGCGGGGUAGGCUUGUCAUGAUCUUCAUGUCACUGUAUUCACUACUUUACAUGUCAAGCCUGCUGCCUGCUAAGAUCUUUGCUCUGUUGACUAUUAACAAAGCAGGUUGGGGAACAUCAGGCAGGAAAAAGAUAGUGGUAAACCUUAUUGGUGCUGUGCCUGUGACCGUGUGGGCAGCCAUACUGCUCGGUGGCGUGGUUUACACCAUUUACUGUGAGGUUCAAGAGCCCUUUAGUGAGACAGAAAAGGCUCUUCUCAUCGCAGGCACCAUUCUCUAUGCCUGUUACUGGCUUAUACUCCUGGUGCUCUACCUGGCCAUAGUGGCCAAGCGCUGUAACAAAAGAGAGGAACAGUAUCACCUAUCCUAUGCCGAAGCCUAGCAUGGUCUCUCCAAAAGACAUGCUCUCUACAUGCUGUCAGGGCUCAUUUGAAAUGGCCCCGUCCUUACCUGGUGCUGCAAUCCUGGUUAUAAUUAUGGAUCAUGUCUAAGUCCAAGAACGUCGGUUGUUAGAUGGUUAUUUUUUAGCUAUGUUAGCUAAGUUGUUAGCUAUGGCUACUUGAGAAGUUUUAAACCAUGGGGUUUUUAUGAGAGCCAUAAUUUACAUAAGCUGAAAUCAGGAAUGGUGCUUCUCGUGAUUUUAAAGCACACAAUAAGGAGGCGGCCGGCCAGCCAAGGUGGGAACAAAAAGUUGAGCCAAAGGUUAGUGUAAGAGUGGUAAGUUAAUGUAAUUAAGCUGACAGACUCAUAUUAGGUUAAUAGUUUAUUUUGGUGCUUGGACUUAUAACUCUAUAGAAUGUGAACUGUCGAGCAUAGACAGGUGUGUGCCAACACUUGAGGAAACCUGCGUAAGACACUAAGCUCGCCAAACCCAGUCAGUAUUUUAAUGUCCUUUAUCUGACAAUCCAGCAUAAUUCUGUAUUUUAUCAUAGUGGUGCUACCCAUACUUUUGUGGGGUAACAUGAUAGAUAGAACCAACAGUAUUUAAAUGAGAAUUUUAUGGUUCUCCACAAAGAUUUACUACACUGUACAUGUUUACAGUUCAAGAAUAUCAAGUAACAUCCAGUUCCAGUGAAAAGGAUAAUGUCAGGCAACCAAAGAGGAUUUUCUGGAGCAUCUAGAAUGUUUUGUUCCAGCGAGGAAAGAUUGAUCACCAAUUUGUAUUCCCAUUCUCCUUUUACCAUUACAUGAUAAUGUUUUUUUAUUAUUAUUUUCAUUAUAGGUGGUGACACCAGUGACAUAACUAACAUGGACAGUGAUACUUAAAUUAUUACAUUUUUUCCCCUCAGUCUUGACAACUUCAAAGCAUAAACGGUGUUACAUUACAUGAAAAAGAUUUUCCAGUUAUACUGCCUGAAACUUUACACAUUACACUUUUGUUUACAGACUUUGAAUAGCAUUUUUAAUAGUCAUUUUCUAUUGAGGUUUAUAAUUUAAUAUUUCAUUCAUGCCUCUCAUGUUAAAAAUGAUCUCAACAGGUAAUGAAGCAUGUAGACUUGAUGAUAUUUGCUGCUUUUUCUCACCCCAAACUAAUUAUUGAUAAAGUAUGUGUUAGCCAAUUCUGCAUGUUAGCCAGAUGUUACAGAGUCUGACCACCUUUGCAAAUUCUUACGACCCUUUCCUGUAAUACAUAAACUUACUAUAUUAUUCCCAUUAGUUUAAGAUGUUCAGUUAGCUAGAAAGACAAAUACAAAAAAAGUGAACUUAAGUAACUUAUUUAUGGUAUGCAAAGUUAGGUGGUUUUAAAGAUUACUAUAUAUAUGAAUCAAAGGUGUACAGUGGGCUGUUUUUCCACCCUCAGCCCACCCAUGCAACAAUUAGUAGAUUUACUUCAGUAGCAGUUCGCUGUGAAUGCAAACGCUAACUUUUUCUGCUCCCUUCCCCCCAAAACACACAUUAAACUCUGGCAGAGAUCUAAACACUGAGGCUAGUGUGCAUAUGUGUGCAAGUUUAGAGAGAAGCUUUUGCUUGUGCAUUACAUGUGAUAACUGUGUCUUAACAGUGAACUGCUGUGGACUGCAGCGUCCUUUAAGGCUGCAAAAAUAAGAUGAUGACUCUGAUGACACAAUGCAAUUAUGAAACCAGAGCUAUAUCAUGUUUACAAUCAAACUUGGAAUUGCAUUGUUCACAUUUGUGUGUUUUCAGAUUUUAUGCAAUUCAGUUGUAGACUGGGUGCCAAACUUUUAAGACUGAUAUGCUCCUCAGGAACAUAGUGCGGGGCUUAAAAAUUAUACUUUGACAAAUUGGGUUUAAGCAAUAUACAAGCGGUAGAAACAGAGCCACAUUUACAGUGGGAAA